UCUAGAGACUUCAUCCCCUGCAGCUGUGUAUAAAGUGUUGCUCAGUUGCUAUAGAAAUGGACGGAGAGGCAGAUGGCUCAGAUACGGAAAAUAGAUUGGAUGAGAAAAUUUUACCCAGCAACAUACAAAAAAAAUUCAGAUUGCGGCAAUUGAAGGUGGAAAUUAUUGACCAACCAAAAGCUGCCCUUCUUAUAAGGUCGCAAAAUAUAAAAUCGGAGCCUUCAGGAAAUGGCCGUGAGAAGCAAAAUGCCACGUCUCAGAAAACCAUUGACACUGGUGAGGCGAUGGAUCAGCUGCCAAUAAAAGAAGAGGUUGAAGACGUCAAGCCUUUCACCGGCCCGGUAAAGUUUCUCAAGAUCUGGCCGGUUCCUCAAAGUCAUGGUAAAAAGUUCACCUGUGACAUGUGCAAAAAAGGGGUGGGUACGAAGGGUGGCCUCAAGUAUCACAUCCAAGCGCAUCUCUCUGGCCGACCCUUUAAAUGUGAAAUUUGCAAAAGGUCGUACGCAACAAAGAACGAUUUUGACACGCACAACAAAAGACACUCAGGGAAAAAUGUUAUUUGCAAUUUUUGUCUCAGGCAAUUUACAGUGAAAUCUUACUUGGUUGAUCAUAUUGCUUUUUGCCAUUUGCCAAAAGAGCUUUCCUGCCAACUGUGCAGUAAACCACGCUUCUUCCAACGAAAAGGGGAUCUAGAAAAGCAUUUGAUUGAUGCUCACUCUUCUGAUAGAAAUUUAACUUGCAAACUUUGUAAUCAGAAAUUUAAAACAAGCGAUGGUUUUGAUUCGCAUUGUCAACAAAGAGAGCUCAUGAAACAUGAGUGCAAAGAGUGUAAAAUGAAAUUUCCAUGCAGAUAUUUGUACUUUGCCCAUAUGAAAGAAAAAGUGUGCAAUGUAGAAUGUCCCGAGUGCAAGAAAAAGGUUCAAAAUCUUCGAAUUCACACCUUGCGCAAACAUACCCACAAAAAAUGUGAUAUUUGUCCAUUUCUGGGAACCAAUUAUCAGUUGACAUUACACAAGAAGCGUUGCGGAACUGUAGACCAAAUUCACGCACUGGAUUUUGAGUGCAAAAUAUUAUGUAAUUUGUUUUUCCGGUCAGACCUAAUGUUGCUUGCCCACAACGCAGAAAAACACGGCAAGUUUAAAUGCACCGAAUGUCCAAAGUCAUUUAUCACUCUGCACCAGAUGCGGUCACAUGUCAAGGUUCAUCGUCGCCCUAAAAAUAUAAUGCCAUACACCUGCGUCAUUUGUCCUAGCCGCAGACGCUUUUCAACAAAGAAACUUUUCUAUACACAUUUUCGGUGUCAGCACGAUUUGCCCCGGAAAAUUCAACACACCGCGAUUACCUUUUCAAAAUUCGGCUGCGAAAAGUGCAAACGCCAUUUCCCUGAAAAGACGAAAAAAGAAGACUUCGCUGAGCACGUAGAACUUUGCUACGACACCGAUUCUGCGACCCUCGCAAAUAAGCCUAAUUUUAAAAAGGGCACUUCAUGUUUGGGCCCGAUUGCUGUUGUGGCCAAUCAGGCAAUGUGCAAGAGAAGUGACGAUUUUGAAUGCAUAACAAUUGAUUAAACUCUAUAA